AUGUGUCAUCUUCCUGUAGGUAUCGAACAUAAGGCUUACUGGGAGGUCAAAGAAGUAAACAUGCAACCUCAAGUUUGUGCUGAGGAAAGGAAGCUCCAACUGCAAGAGUUGGAAGAACUCAGACUGGAAUCCUACGAUGCAGCCAUGUGGUAUAAAGAGAAAACUAAGUUGUGGCAUGUCAAGAACCUGCGGGUGAAGGAGCUGCAAGUCGGGCAGAGAGUUUUGUUGUUUCAGUCAAGACUCAAAUUAAUGCCUGGAAAGUUAAAGUCAAAGUGGACGGGACCAUACACCAUCGUUGCCCUAAGAGCAAAUGGAGCAGUGGAGCUUCAAGGAAGUGACCCAAACUCUGCCUCUUUUCUGGUUAAUGGUCACCGAGUUAAACUUUUAAGAGAAAACUCAGUGAUGUGCGCAGUGGAAGAAAUUCCACUGCGCGCAAACGGUGUUCUCGCCUAA